GAUAAUGCACCAGCUUCACUGUUGAUAAUGCCCUAGCGCAGAGUCAUGCGAUGCGUGCAGGUGGAAGCCCCCCGUGGUGCACAGUUCAUGCCAGCACACGAUGAUGAGACAUACCACCAAGUACACUACAGAAUCAGCAUUAUAAGGCGGGUCCGUUGUUAAGAGAAGUACGAGGAAAAGAAAGGCCACCAGUGGACCAGGAGGGCACGUUUUCGCCAGGCACCAGUCUUGUUUGCCUCUGAAAAGUGGUAUCACCUCAAAUACCUCAGCAACUUGUCUUGGUGUCUUGGGUGUAUAAAAGAGUAGGCAGCCCUUGUACGCUGACUCCUGGUGAGUAGUGACGAUUGCUCGCCUGUGGCAGUACGUAGAAGAGGUGAUCACAAAGACCAUGCCAGUGACCAUCUCAGGAAACCACUAUACUGUGAAGCUCGAGGUCGAGCAACCAGAGAGUUUGAGCGCAGAGGGCGAAGAAGCUGUCUAUACUGUUGGUGAGCAUGUUGUUUGCAAUGUGACAUUGCAGGUGCUCACCAAGGCAGUGGCGUUCAAGGAGAUCGCCGUGGAGUUCACUGGACAUACCACUGUGGUGGCCCACGAAGGUCUCAAGCCACUGGACUCUGACGACAUAAGCACCCAUGAGACCGUGACGCAUCGCCUGUUUACCAACCCUCUGUCGUUGCUUUCCCAGGCCGGCGAGUUCGAAAUGACACCAGAAACAGGUGACUUCACCAUAGAACCGGGUGUUUACCAGUUCAAGGGCCAAUUUAUCUUCCCAAAGACAGCUGAGACGGGGACAAUCAACCUCUCUGCCGACUCUUAUAACGUCAAGAAGCCAAAGGACGCAGGCUACACCACCACGAUGGUUUCGCAGCUCCCAUCAACUUGUUACUUUGAUGCCAUGGACCAAGAUGGCGAGAAGAGAGGCUAUGCCUUUGUCGAGUACGCAGUGCACCUCAAGGUGACAGACGCAAAGGAAGUUCAGGACCACUUUGCAAAGCUUCACUUUGUCGGCAAGAGUAAUACCAAGGACGCUGGCAACACGGCAACAACCUUCACCACGUCCAACGCUGUGUACCUCCAGGGUCUGCCACUUCCAGGUGAGAAGGAGAAGAACAAGCUUAAGAAGCUGCUCAACGGUGUUAAACACACCAUCUUUGACUCUGAGCUGUGUCUCGGUGCCCCCUUAUCAGCAAAACCUGGAGAAACACUGAGUCUGAGCCUGCGUAUCCUCAACAAUCUCCCUGACAGUGAGAAGAAUCUCGUGAAGUACGUGAAGAGCUUCCAGAUGAGCUUUGUCACGCAUGCCUUGAUCAGAACACAGUCGAUCCCAAAGAUGGUCCUGGCCAAGAAACACGACUGGAUCAAGCGCACAAACGUUGGCCAGUUCGACUUUGCCGCCAACAGAGUCUCCGACCUCCACCUGAACCACGUCGGCAUGGAGCUUGAUCUGGCCCCUCUCAUCGACGUCCCUCUAACUAUCCCGCACACCACGGUCAACUCCUUCCACGCAACGAACCUCAAGGUGUACUACACCAUUGAGGUCUUCAUGAGGCUCGGAGACCUCGAGGAGGAGUGGGACCAGGGUGGCAUCGACUUCAAGAUUGUCAGGGAUAUCGUCAUCGACGAUGAUCGUCAUGCAGAAGGCCCAUGAGUCUGUCCCCCGGAUCCCCAAUAUCGGAUCCCCAGCCUACUUGUUCCGGCUACAAGUCCCUCAUUAGUCUUGCGAUUUAACUUAUGCUUUUC